UUUUCAAACGUGGCCAAGAACCCACCAAACCGAAGCUUCUGGCCUCCAUAAAAGCUCUGUGGUAGCGCAAAUAUGGGCCUCAAAUUAUUCUUCUGGCCAGAGUUUUCACGACUUUCCCCUCAGCCAAUUCUUUUUUCAUCGAUCAUUCAAGACUUUCCAUCCCACAAACAGGCUUCUCGUUCUUGAUCUUACGCUGUGCAUGCGCCUCUAAAUCUCAUAUUCAUUCAAGAGUCAAGCCCACCAAUACACCUACUAGUAGUGUUUCUUCGUUUUCUUUGGUGGGCUUUUCUUACUUUCCUAAAUAAACCUCAAUCUUGUAUUGUUGUUUUGGAAAGAAUGGUUGGAGCUGUGUCUUUUGUGGGCUCGUCGUUGGUUGGUGGUAAGGCUUGUCUGGAUGCCACCAUGUCUGCGUCUGGAGGUCUGAUUUUGCAGAGGCAUUUAGUUGGCAGAACUAGAAAGCGGGUGCCUCGUUUAGGCUCGUUGGAGUUGAGAAGUUCGUUUCUUGAUUACUUUUCUGUUAGAGCUCUUUCGGGCUCCAAGAAUCUGAGAAAACAGAGGAAAAACAGGAGUCUUGUGGUUGUGGGUGAACUGCUCGGACAGUAUGAAGACAGCUUUGAGGAUGUUAAAGAACAAAUUCUUUACUAUUUCACAUACAAGGCUGUAAGGACUGUAUUGAACCAGCUUUAUGAGAUGAACCCUACACAGUAUAGGUGGCUCUAUAAUUUUGUCGCAUCAAAUGAGCUUGGUUAUGGAAAGCACUUCAUUCGGAACCUAGGAAAGGAGCAACAUGAACUUGCGGAAAGAGUAAUGGUGACUCGCCUUCACCUCUAUGGGAGAUGGAUUAAGAAAUGUGAUCAUACCGAGAUGUAUGAGAGGAUCUCUGAUCAGAAUCUGGAGUUGAUGCGUGAGCGGCUGAUGGAGACCGUGGUUUGGCCCUCGGAUGACUCAAACACAGAGGUGGUUGGGUGACGGGGCGAUAACGCUGGUUUACCUGCUGCUGAUGCUGCUUUUCUGGUUUGGUUUGCUGCAGAUCUUGGAGUGUAGGAAGAUAUUAUACUGUCUCUCUUAUAUGCAACAUGCUUCCUUAUUAGUAUAUCCAGUAAGCAUGAAAAUCUGUACAUAUAUAUAUAUAUAUAUAGAUUGUAGGUAGUUUUGAAGGAGCAUUUUAGGACAUGGGAGAAUACUGUUAGACCAAUCAAGAACAAGGUGCUAAGUGUACCCCUGUUGUAAUGUCCUCAUGUUUAUGCUUGUCAAUAGAAACAUGGUUUCAAAUCAGAAAUGAGUUAGAUUCAGAAUCAUGGUCGCAAAUGGCAAAGUAAUUUACAAUAGAAUCGGUUAGAUUCGAGCAUUUGGACAUGUUUUUUCGACUCACAAAUUUACAUUUCAGUGUACAAAAUGGAUACCUACGUGGCUGGAACUACAUCUCAGCCGAGCUACCCACACCAAAAAUAUCAAACAUAGACACAGAUACUUGUAUUACACUUGCUAUAUUGAUUAGUUUGGUUUGGCCUUUCUUAUUUGGUGGUCUUAUAUGCAAAUGGGGCUGACCUCAACCUAAGUAUGACCUAACCUACACCGUAAACAUCGAAGAAUACAUAUAGGAAAAAUGUUCGAUUAUACAGUUUAGAUUGAAUCAUCAGUACAACAUGAUCAACAAGUUAAUGAUGAGAAAUGAGAAGAAAACAUCUUAUUAAUUACUACUUAGGCCGUAAUUAUGACAUGGCAAAGUACAGAAAUGAAAAAUCCCCCAUAAAUCAAGGGGAAUAAGUCCCACAACCUCCAAAAACAGAGCAAUGGAGAGAAAAUGAUGCAUUUGAAGGAAGCAGUUGAAUCUGCAGUUUUAAUGUCAAAAUUUGAACACUAAAAAUUCCUAUGUUUCAGCAGUAAAUACCUUCUCAUUUGUGUAUAGAAGUCUAACUAAGCCCCUCCACGUCCAAGCUACUAAAAUCCAUCCGGAAGCUAAAACUUCAACGUCCGGUCACGAAUUGUGAAAA